AGGUCAUUUUCUAUCCAUAUUGUGCAUUAGAAGGGAUGCGAGGAAAUUUCUAGAUUUGUGUAAAGCUUGUAGAAAUAAUAUUUAAACAAAAAUAUGAUAUACGAACUAAACGAAAAGCCGUAGUGUCUGCCUAUGUUCUCACCUGCUCUCAUCUUCAAGUAAACAGCGCUCGGGGUGUGUGAAGAGUAGCGACCAAUAGCGUUGCAAAACAAUUCACCUGGCCUCCACAGCUCGACCUGCGAUUGGUGCGUCUCCCUAACUUCACUCUGAUGACGUCAGGAAAAGCACUGUGCUUGUGAAGCUGCCAAGGAAGGACUCAGUGUGAGAGACCGCUCAGAGCUGAACACACACACCUACGCUCACUCACCCUACAUGUGCGGACUGUGGCCGCUGAGAACCGAAGACUGGAGUACAGACACCGCCACAUUUAAGUUUCGUUUUUGACCGUAAUAACAAGAAGAUGCCACUGGGGGACGAUUGCCAUGACUGGAAAAAGAAAACCACGGACGUGAAGGAGAAAUAUGACUUCAAGGAGAUCCUGGGAACGGGGGCGUUCUCUGAGGUGGUCCUGGCCGAGGAGAAGAGGACCCAGAGGUUGGUGGCGGUCAAGUGCAUCCCUAAGAAGGCAUUGGAGGGCAAAGAAAACAGCAUUGAGAACGAAAUAGCAGUACUGCACAAGAUUAAACACGCCAACAUCGUGUCUCUGGAAGAAAUCUUUGAGAGCAAAUCACACCUCUACCUUGUCAUGGAACUGGUGUCUGGUGGAGAACUCUUUGAUCGCAUCAUUGAGAAAGGCUUCUACACUGAGAAAGACGCCAGUAAACUCAUUCAGCAGAUUCUAGAUGCUGUCAAAUACCUCCACGACAUGGGCAUCGUACACCGUGACCUGAAGCCAGAGAAUCUGCUGUACUACAGCAUGGACGAAGACUCCAAAAUCAUGAUCAGUGACUUUGGUCUGUCCAAAAUUGAGGGCUCUGGCAGUGUGAUGUCAACAGCCUGUGGGACCCCUGGAUAUGUUGCUCCUGAAGUGUUGGCUCAGAAACCCUACAGUAAAGCGGUGGACUGCUGGUCUAUUGGUGUCAUAUCCUACAUCCUGUUGUGUGGUUACCCUCCUUUCUACGACGAGAGCGAUGCCAAACUGUUUGAGCAGAUUCUGAAGGCAGAGUACGAGUUUGACUCUCCGUACUGGGACGAUAUCUCUGAUUCAGCUAAAGACUUCAUUGUCCACCUGAUGGCGAAAGACCCCAGUGUACGUUACACCUGUGACCAGGCACUGCAGCAUCCCUGGAUCGCUGGAGACACAGCUCUGGAUAAGAACAUCCAUGAGUCUGUCUGUGCUCAGAUCAAGAAGAACUUUGCCAAAAGCAAGUGGAAGCAAGCAUUCAACGCCACAGCUGUGGUUCGUCACAUGAGGCGUCUCCAGCUGGGCACCAGUCACGAGGGACCCAACCCUAACCUACCCAGCCCCUGCCGAACCCACCUGCUGCUCCCAGAGGGAGACACCGAGGCCUGCUGUGAGGGGGGGUGCUCCCAGGACAUGGACGGGGAGGCGGAUGCACUGACACACUGCACGUACCGCUGCCACCCAACCAGCAGGGUGUGAUCUCUGCAUCUGCGCCAACUACCUGUCUGAUCACUACCAACUACUUUACAAUUUUAACCCUCCCCCGCGGUGGAACCAGAGGCAUCAUCUGCCCUGUAACCUGGUCUGGAAUACUCUGUCAUUCCAACCUCUCACCUGCAGGGGGGAGCAAGCCUGUUCAGCCUGAGAAGAAGAGGAGAUUAGAACAGAUUUUAAACAACAGAGGGAGAAGAGGGGGGAGUAAAGAAAGGGAGAGUUAAUGACUGUAUUGAUGAUGAAGGAACAGAGUGGAUUUUAUUUUUCGUUAUGAAGUGAACUGAUGGUUUUGGGUUGAGCUGAGAUUAAGGGAGACAGUAGAAAGGAGGGAACAUGUUCUACACACCGGUCGUCAGGUUUUUUUUUUUUUUUUUGGAACGGCAGGACAGAGCUCAUCAGACAGUCUUUAAAACAAUGUUUUUAUAUUACUCAAAAAUAACUUUGUUGUUUAGUUUCUUUUCUUUGUUACAUAUUGUUAGAUAUUUUUACAUCGUCUGUUUAACCUCCUCGGAGCAACGACAUCUGCAUGAUCAGGAGAGAAUGUUUCCUUAGCGCGGAUGUUUUGUUCUGGUUAGAAGAGACAGAAGUGAAUGGUGGUCCAGAUGAUAAAGGGGCUCGUGCAUGGCUUGUCCAGGUUUAAGGGCCAAUAAUGUGGAAACUUCACAUUCAAUAGUGCAA